UGCAAUCAGUAUUGCAAAAAGUGAGAGUUGGGCUAAGUAAGAAGACGCCUGGACACUGGACACAGCAGGAAGGCUUAUCAGGGAUCUCAUAUUACUAGCCAGAGACAGGACCUUCUGUCCAGAUGAGAGAGUGGACUGAGUUGGAGAUGAGCUUUUCGGCAGGGGGGUUUCUCUCCGCCUCGGAUGGUUACUGCUCCGCAGAGCAACUCCAGUACUACGACAUGCUGGCUGACCCUCCAGGCAACCCCCUGCAGGACCCUGACCUCCAGCUGAUCCCUUACAGCCAGCAGCAGUACGGACCUGCCAACCUGCCCUUCUCCCUCUAUGGCUCUCCACCCUCCUCCACCUCUUCUCCCUCCUCUUCCUUUUCAUCCUCGCAGCUCUGCCAUCCUCCGUACCACUACAGCACUCAUUGCCUAGAGGCUCCCUUUGAUCCCAGCCCCGAGCCCCAGUGUGGAGGCCUGGCUCAGGGGCUCGGAGCAGCCGGACUGCCAGUGGGGCGGAGGUCACGGGUGGGGUCUGGAGGGAAGGGCAGAGCUCAGGACGAGCUAUGUGUGGUCUGUGGAGAUAAAGCAUCAGGAUAUCACUAUAAUGCUCUUACCUGUGAGGGAUGCAAAGGUUUUUUCAGGCGCAGUGUGACGAAAAAGGCCGUGUAUCACUGUAAGAGUGGUGGUGGCUGUGAGAUGGACAUGUAUAUGAGAAGGAAGUGCCAAGACUGCCGGCUGAGGAAGUGCCGCGCCGUUGGAAUGCUGGCCGAGUGCCUUCUGACAGAGGUGCAGUGCCAAUCCAAGCGACUCAGGAAAGGAGGUAAAGGCAGAGGACAGGAGGAGGAGGAGAACAUAGACAGCAGGAGUGUCAGCUCUACCAGCAGGCUACCUGGACAGGCUUUGUCUGCCAGUUUAACCCGAGAACAGAAGUACAUGGUGGACAGGAUGGUGGAGGCCCAUCGACUGUACAGAGUGCAGGACAGCAGUCACUGCAGGUUGUUUGAGUGGCCAUGUGCAGAAGAAGGGGAGGGUCUGUCUGAUGUUGUAUCACCCCACCUGCAGAGAUUGCUGCAGUUUGCCAAGACGCUGCCGGGUUUUGACCUCCUGGACUUUUCAGACCAGAGCUCUCUCUUGUCUGUCUCAUCACUGGAGGUCAUGUUCCUGCUCUCAGCUCAGCAGUUCUCCAAUAACCCAACAAGUCCCAGUCCAGCCCUGCAGCUUUUCAGUCUGUCAACACACAACUGGCUAAGAAAUGUGCAGUCAAAGGAGAAGAUCCACAGUAGGGCGUUGAUGAAUUCAGAAAGCAGCGAAGACCUUGCCAGGCCAGUGCUGAACUUCUUUCACAGCAUGAAGACGUUGCAGGUGACGGAGGCUGAAUACACCCUGCUCACUGCUACAGCACUGCUCUGCUCAGACCGGGUGUCCCUGCCGGCAGCUAGCUGUGUUGAGAAAAUGCAGGAGCUGAUCUUGGACCUGCUGUCAAGGGUGUGCGGAGCCCAAGCUGGAGCUGCACGAGGUGGGCCACAGCGGUUUGGCCGGCUGCUAGGCAGACUGACGGAGCUCCGAACCCUCCGUCACAACUACCUCCUCCUGACAAGACAACAGUCUGGACACUGAACACCACCAGGUCAUCUCUGUCACUGUACAAACGCUGUCAUAGAGAAUGGAAUAUUUUGGACAUGCAAGGUAUUUCUCUUCAUAGUGUUGACUUCCUGUUGUUCAACUGACAGACGCGUCUUCAAACGUUUUCUCAGUUGACUUAAGGCCUGUGGUCAUUGUGGAAUUGUUGCUUCUGAUGGGAUUAAACUGUCCUUGUGGACUGCUGGAGUUUAAGCAAAAAAAGAUGUAUAGGGCUUUUUAUACUAGUACUUUGCCAGUUUACACUUAGCUCAUUACCUUUAUCCUUCUUUGUGAAGCAUAUAUAUCUAUACACUCAC